UUUUUAUUUUUUAUUUUUUUGCUCGAAUGUUUGUUAGGUAUGGUCUAUUUGAUUGUUGGGUGGUUGUUCCUUGUGAUUCUUUCUUCUCGCAUUGUGUUUUGCCCUAAGUGUUGUGGAUCAUAAGCAUCGCGUGAUGUGAUUAUUAAGUCGUUUGAGUGAGAAUUUUAGUUUUGCGUUUGUAUCAUACGCUAAUUCUUUGUUUGGCUGAUGAGAGAAAGUGAGGAAGACAAAGGUAGAAUGUGAUUCUCUAGGGGUUUCAUGUGAUAUUGCCUUUCAAAUGCGGCUGCUGAACUUGCCUAAGCGGUUGUGUUAGGUUUAUUCUAAUAUUUCUAAGAUUUAGGAUCAAGCAAAGGUCAAACUCUGUUUGAUGAAGCGUGAUUUAAUCAUUUAGCUUAGUUGAAUUCAAUUUUUUGUUGUUUUGGGGAGAAAAAUAGAGAGACAUUUAGACUUCAAAUUUGUUUUGGGUGAUACGAAACCAAACAUUUGUUUAAUGGUGGGUCAUGUUGUUGGUUCAAGACCCACUGGCUGCGUGUAUUACAUGCCAUUAUAAAGAAAGAAAUUUAUUUGGUUAUAAUCAACUGAAGGACGUUUAAGUUGAUACACAGUUGACCUAAAUUUGUUAACAAAUUUGAGUAGUCUUUGUGUAUAAUGAGCUUCAUCAGCUGGAGUUGGCUUAUGCAUCAAUAUUAUAUCUGCAAUUCAUUUCUGAAAAAUUGAAAAAUAUGUACUAGUAUGAUGUCUUCUGCCAGUUAUGUUGGUAUGAAUAAGGCACCAUUUUGCUUUGUAUGACCAUGAGCUACUAUGCUGUUCCUUAAGUAUACUAAAUGGUUAAGCUGCCAUCUUUUUCUUAACUGGUUAGUUUAUUUGGAUGUGAUAGGUAUACAGAAUGAUAGGAUCCUUUCUCACCAGAGGACUCGUAAUGGUUUUUGGCUAUGCUUAUCCAGCUUAUGAGUGCUACAAAACUGUUGAAAGGAAUAAGCCGGAGAUCGAGCAACUUCGCUUCUGGUGCCAGUAUUGGAUUUUGGUGGCUGUUUUGACAGUUUCUGAGAGAGUUGGAGAUGCUUUUAUUUCAUGGGUUCCUAUGUACAGUGAAGCUAAGUUGGCAUUCUUUAUAUAUUUGUGGUACCCUAAAACAAAGGGAACGACAUAUGUGUAUGAUUCAUUCUUUAGACCAUAUGUCGCGAAGCAUGAGACUGAGAUUGAUCGUAGCUUGUUGGAACUGAGGACUAGGGCUGGAGAUAUUGCAGUUUUGUAUUGGCAACGAGCUGCAAGCUAUGGUCAGACAAGAAUAUUUGAGAUUUUGCAGUAUGUUGCUUCACAAUCAACGCCGCAGUCUCGCCCUCCUCAGCGACAACAAUCAAGUGGCAGGGGUCGCCAACCCCCAGCUACUCCUAAUCGUCAACCAACUACUACGGCGCAACCACAAACUGAAGAGCCACCAUCUCCCACUUCUAGUACAUCGUCUAGUCAAAACCAAAAGGAGGUAGAGGAAGAGGUUGGUGGUCCUUCAGAAGUGCCUAAAGAAGCUCCACCUGCAGCAGGUGUGAAUACUCAAAAAGAAACUGCUCCAGCUGAAAGCACCAGCCAACCCACAGCAACCGAAACUCAACCAAUGGAGGUUGAAGCAGCACCUCCUCCUUCAGCUGAUGAGACCGCAAAUCCUGCCACAAAAGAAACAGGAAUGGAAGAAGCCAUUCGGACUACACGUAGCCGGUUGAGGAAAAACCGAUCUUCAGGAAACCGUUAAAGAAUGGAGUUAGUUGUUUCCAACUUCUAUCUUUCAAAAAUAGCAUUUAAUCUAGGUGGACAAUAGUGGGUAUUGAAUUGUGAUAUGGACGUGGAUGUAAAUCUGUUGUUUUCUAUCUUCUAUUCCAUUUGUUGUUUCAUUU